AUGAUCAAAUCGCUCGCCGUUCUGGCCUGUGCAUCCCUUGCACUCGCCGCGCCCGCCCAGCAACCAUUCUCCGCACCCGGCCCGUCGACGUCCAAUGUCACCCUCCCCGCCGGCCCGCGAAAGCUGCACGGCCGCUUCCUGCAUAUCACAGACAUGCAUCCAGACCCGUACUACAAGACCGGCACGUCCGAGUCUACUGCUUGUCACCGCAAGAAACCCAAGAAAGAGAAGACACGCGCCGAGCCGUGGGGCACGCCGCACGGCGAUUGCGAUUCACCGUUCAGGCUCACGAACAGGACUCUCAAGUGGCUGGAGAAGCAUUGGGCGGACGAGAUUGACUUUGUGGUCUGGACCGGCGACAAUGCAAGACACGAUAACGACCGGAAGUUGCCGCGAACGCUAAAGGAGAUCUACAUGCUGAAUGGGGAAGUCGCGAAUAGGAUGCAGAGCAUAUUCACGAAGCGGGGCAUACCCGUUAUACCCAGCCUUGGUAACAAUGAUGUUUGGCCACAUAAUAUCUUAGAAGCGGGACCGAACGAGAUCAUCAACAAGUUUGCAUCAAUAUGGAGACCGUUCAUACCGUUUCCUUCCUACCAGGUCUUCCAGCGAGGAGCGUACUAUUCGGUCGAAGUUAUCCCGAAUCAAGUCGCCGUUAUCGCCUUGAACACCAUGUACUUUUACGACUCAAACAAGGCCGUCGGUGGAUGCGAAUACCACGAGCCUCACGAUCCCGGGAACUUACAGCUCGACUGGCUAGAAGUCCAGCUGGAGAUCUUUCGCGAGCGCGGGAUGCACGUAUACCUCAGCGGGCACGUACCGCCAUCUGUCGACAACUACUUCCCAGAAUGCCACGUCCGGUACGCCGAACUAGCGCUGCGGUACCAAGACACGAUUCUGGGGCACUUAUUCGGGCAUAUGAAUAACGAUCAUUUCUUCUUUAUCGAGGCGCUCAAUCUCGAGUUCCCGCCGGAAGACGAUGUGCGGGUGAAGGCACAUGAUGGGCUAUAUGAUGACCUGUUGGACGAUUUUGGGCGUAUGCGCCGCGAAAAGAAGCGGGAGGAGGCGGAUUAUGCUGUGGUCAAUGUUUCGCCGUCGGUCGUGCCGAACCCGCUGCUGCCAUCAUUUCGUGUCUUCUCGUACAACAUCACCGGCGCUCAACAUUUGGAUACGGAUGCGGCGCUAAAGAAGAACAAGAAGAAGAAGCACAGAGGGGAUGACGUGCCGCAGAAGGGAGACAGGUUUGAGAGGUGUAAGAAGGGAGACGCCGGCGGCUGGAGGUGUCACCUUGACAAACCGUGGCAUAGCGCGCCAGAGGCGCCGAGCCGGACGAAUACGCUCUGGACUCCGCUCGGAUACGCGCAGUACUAUCUUCCGCCCGAUGCUCUGAGCAACGCGACGGAGAAACCCAAGUUCAAGCUCGAGUACGUGACUUAUGCACUUGACGCUCUGCAUCCGGCCGACGGGAGCGCGGGACCGGUGCCAAAGAAGGAGCUGCCAAAGAGCCUGCGGAAAGGGACGAAGAGGGAUGCGAAGGGCAAGUUUGUGCCGUACGGGCUGCCAGACCUGACGGUGGGAUCGUGGUUGGCGCUCGCGGACCGGCUGGGCGGUAGCGGUGCAAAGACGUUGAAGAAGCGAUUUAGGAAGUACAUGUUUAUGGGAGGCGAGCAGUAG